CUUAUUCAGGUUCUUGAAAGUGUUAGUGAUGGACUGCGGAAAAUUUAUAAGCAAAAAUUGUUACCGCUGGAGGAGUAUUACAAAUUCCACGAAUUUCAUUCACCCGCGCUUGAUGAUCCCGAUUUCGAUGCCAAGCCGAUGAUACUUUUGGUUGGCCAGUACUCCACUGGCAAAACAACCUUCAUACGGUAUCUGCUGGAGGAGGAUUUCCCGGGAAUUAGGAUAGGCCCGGAGCCAACAACCGAUCGUUUCAUUGCUGUAAUGUGGGGCGAAGAUGUUGGCUCAAUACCGGGCAAUGCACUCGUCGUCGACGCAAAAAAGCAAUUCAGAGCAUUGAGCAAGUACGCUUUCUGUAAUAGGCGAAAUCUGCUUUUUGAGGGAAUGGCUUCAUUCUUUUGUUUUUGA